AUGGCUUCUGUCAAUAUGUCCGCAAAGCGCCGUCGUCUCGAAAACGCGACAUCCACGCUCACCAAACCGUUCAAGUCACCUCUCCGCCGUCCGGUGCAAGCAUCAGAGACGAACAACCAGAAAGUAGACGACAAGUCAUCUGCAACCACAUCCCCACACAGUACAACAACCGAGAAAGGCGAAUCGAAUACACCGGCCGCAACCUCAACACCCCUCCCUACCAAAACAACAACAAUACCCACAACAACCCCCGGCCCAACCUUCCAAACCCGCAAACGAAAGACCACCACUACCGGUAUCAACACCAUAACCCCCACCAAAAAAAGCCCCAUCCUCCUGGACCCCGAACUAUCCACCCUCCAGAAACAUUACCGCACCCUGCAAUCCCGCCUCGCAACCCUCCGCACCGACCUCGACACCUCCCAACAGGCCCUCCGCAUCGAGUCCUCGGACCGUGACACAGAACUCGAGUCCCUGAUUGCUAAAUGGAGAGCUAUUAGCCAGGAUGCGGCGGAGGAGGUUUUUGCGGGGGCGCAGGAGAGGGUUGCGAGAAUGGGGGGGAUGGGGGCUUGGAGGGAGCAGAUGAGGAGUCAGCAGGAGAGAUGGAAGAGGGAGGAGAUGGAGGAUUGGUUCGGGAGUGGGGAGGCGGCUGGGGGUGAGCUUGAUUAUGGGGAUGCGGAGGAUGGGAUUGUGAGGAGCAAGGAGGACGUGUUGGAGCAGUUGGGUGCUGCUAAGGAGAAAGAGGAGAGGAAGGAGAAGGGUGAUGGGAAUGAGGAAUUUACUAUGGACUUCAUGCUUAAAACGCUCAACAUUGACUCGCAAAUUAUCGGAUUCGACACUGCUGGACAGAAAUGGAUUAAGAACUAA